UUGAGGAUAGCAGUUAAUAAAUUUCCUGAGAUGCGGCAGUAAUUUUAAGGGCCAAGAUUUCGCUUCUCACUUUCCUCGGGGGUUAGAAUCCAAUACGAGCUCAGAUCAACCAGUAGCAUAAGGUUUUCAGUUGCCGUGCACGAUAGCAAGUAAGUCGCUACUAGAGCUUUCCAGCUUUCCAGCACCACGAAGAUCAGUGCUUCCUCUACCUCACGAAAUCACUUAGACCGUCGUGAGAUGUUGCCAUCGGCUGCGCUCUUCCAACGUAUAUGCCAUUAAAUGGAAAAUGAAAUGGAAAUGGAAAUGGAAAUGGAAACUACUCGCAAUAUUCUUCAGAUUUCCGACAGUGUACGCUCUACUCUUCAAUUGUCCGCAGACAAAAGAAACAAGAAACAAUCUGCCAAUGAAUGACGUUAAUGCGAACGCACAUAUAGAACCAACACAUGCACGCUGUAAAGUGAAUAUCGCCGAAAUAAAUAUACAUUCACGUCUGACGCCACUACCGGCGCCAUAGCGGAUUUCACUUAAUUUCACUAUUUAUUUUCAUAAAGAGACCGUCCAACUGCUUAGUCUUCACGCAACGCUCAAUCAGAUCAACACUAAACGGGAACUCUUUGAGACUUUCGCCUACACGAAAAAAAAAAACGCUUCAAUAUGCGCUUUUCAAUUGCCUUGCUGGCUCUGGUGUUUUGCGCGUUUGUCGUUCCACCAGCGAAUGCGGCGCGCAUACUAGGCUUCUUUCCAUCGCCGAGUCGCUCGCACCUGCUUAUACAUUGCGCCGUCGCGGAUACGCUGGCACGUGCCGGCCACAAUGUCACAGUGAUCGCCACCAAACCGAAUAUGUAUCCCAAAGCUCCGUACAAUUACAUACAACUCGAUACACCGCUAUUGCCUGACACUUUUAUGAAUGUGUUGGUCAACGAUCCGCCGCCGUUCUACAAACGCUAUCCGAUGUUGCUGUCAGAGGUGACGAAAAUGAACAAUCGCACAUUGUCACAUCCAGAUUUGCAGGAGUUCCUACGCAACCAUGGUGAAGAUGCUUUUGACCUGUUGCUGUUGGGUUACUUUGGCAACGAAUUCCAUUUGGGGCUCGGCGCGCACUUCAAGUGUCCGGUGGUCAUCUCAUUCAUGAUGCAACCAUUCUUUGUGAUCAACGAACUGAUCGGUAAUCCCAGCGAGCACGCUUACGUGCCGACGCUGUUCAGCGGACUCAAGCAACCCAUGGACUUUUGGGCGCGUUUGCAGAAUUAUCUGACAACUUUGUUUGAAUACUACUAUAUGAGUCCCAUGUUGGAGCGUGCAGAGCAGAAGUACUACAGCUAUAACUUUCCCACCUCAAGCGGUUAUCCGAGUCUCGAGGAGGCGCGUCAUAAUGUCGCCUUGAUCUUUGCCAAUCACUGGUUCACACAGGGUCCCGUACGUCCCAAUGUGCCAAACCUAAUCGAAAUUGGUGGCAUACAAAUCAAACAGCACCCCGACCCUCUACCCGCGGACAUCGCCGAACUGCUCGACGGCUCUCCGGAGGGUGUGAUCUACUUCAGCUUGGGCUCUAACAUACAGGGCAAACAUCUGCAGGCGGAUAAAGCGCGCAUCAUGUACAGUGUUGUCUCGAAGCUCCCAUACAAAGUACUUUGGCAGUGGGGUGACAGUGGUUACCCGGGCAACUCAUCAAAUAUCGUCUAUAAAAACUGGCUGCCGCAGAGCGACGUGCUCGCACAUCCCAAUGUAAAACUUUUCAUAACACACGGCGGUAAGGGUAGCGUCGUGGAGUCACAAUAUCAUGGCGUACCCAUGGUGGGCAUACCGCUCUUUGGUGACCAGCCGGUGAAUGUGCUGGAUGUGCAGCAACUGGGUAUGGGUGUUUAUGUGAGCUAUGCUGAUUUGACCGAGGAGCGCUUGCGUCAAGCUGUGGAGGAGGUCUUACACAAUCCCAAAUACACAGAAACGGUGCGUAAUUUUUCCAAAUUAUAUCGCGAUCGACCCAUGACAGCGCACCAAACGGUUGUAUGGUGGGUGGACUAUGUUCUCCGACACAAAGGUGCGUUCCAUAUGCAGUCUCCGGCCGUUUACAUGAAGCGUUGGCAACUCAUGUCCUUGGAUGUGUUGGGCUUCUUGCUCACGAUAAUUAUAACUGUAAUUAGCUUGGCGCUAGCCUCAGUGUAUUGGUUAGCGAAGAGGUGCAGAGGAGGAAUGAAAGGGAAGACGAACAUUAAAAAUGGCGUUACUAAGGCAAAGAAGGUGAAAUGAAAUUAUUU